AUGAGCCAAUUAAGUCAAGUUACUGAUAUAUUGAAAAGGUUAAAUGAUGAAUAUCAAACAAGUACACCAAAAAAACUAAAAUUAAUUGACGCUUAUUUAUUCUACGUAUUAUUAACCGGUAUUGUUCAAUUUGCCUAUUGUCUACUUGUGGGUACAUUUCCAUUCAAUUCGUUUUUAUCCGGAUUUAUUUCAACUGUUGGAUGUUUUAUACUGGCUGCAAGUUUACGUAUUCAAUUAAAUAAAGCAAAUCAAUCAACGUUUAAUGUAUCACCCGAACGUGCGUUUGCUGAUUUUGUUUUUGCACACGUUAUUCUACAUUUAGUUGUAAUUAAUUUUAUUGGUUAA